AAAGGUGUCUGUGGAUGUAGGAAGCUAAACACCUCAGCUGCAGGAGUUUCUCAGGGUAGUAUCUCAGGCCCUAAUAUCUUCAGCUGCAUCAUCAAUGACCUUCCAUCUAUCACAAGAUCAGAAGCCAGAGUGGAGCAGUUACAGGAAGAAUUGCAGUGUAUGUCUGAAGCCAUCUCUGAAAAUAUUCAGUUACAAAAAUUUAACACAGUGCUAGAGACCAAGUAUACUCAGGCACAGUUGAUAUUGAAACAAAAAGAUGAUGAUUUUGCAAUGGCAAUAAAAUCUCGUGAUAAAGCAUUUCAAGAAGUCCAAAAGCUAAAAGAAUAUAUAGAGAUGAUGGAAGAGAGAGAAAACUAUAAGGUUGCAAAUCUUCAGCAAAAUUUGACAGGUUCUAUGCAAGAUAAUAGCCAAAUGGAAGUGACUCUAGAUAAUGUAUUGGCAUCGCACACAAAACUCCAGCAGACAGUGGGGAAACUACAGAUAGAACUUGGACAAAGAGACGCAGAGAUAAAUUACUUGCAACAAGACAAGUCACAUGCCCAAAUGAUUCUACAGAGGCUACAGGCUGACCUAGAGGAUCUACAGGAUAAACUGGCUACUAUAGAAACACAGCACAACAUUCAGGUGAAGCCUCUCCCUAAAGGACUAGAGGUUGUGAGACAAGAUAAUAAGAAACUAGCACGCAGCUUGGAACAGACUUUGCGCACAAGCAGUACUUUACGGAUUACACUAAAUCAACUACAAGAAGAAUUUGAUAAUAAAGAACACCAGCAACAGCAACUUCUGCACAACAGGGAACAAGAACUUAAGGGUGCUAAACUUGAGUCAAAAAUGUUCACUGAACGGAUUGAAGCCCUGAAAAAGCAGUUCCAAAGUGAGAGAGAGGUUGUGAGGAAGACCAGUCAGAAAGAAAUAAUGGAACUUAGAAAAAGCCUAUCUGAUGCCACAUCCAGGUCUGCAGAAGUGUCACGAGCCAACAGAGAUUUGCGACUGAAAGUUGCUGAAUUCGAGAAGACUGUAAAAAGUCAGAAAGCAAAGAUCAAAGAUCAAAAGACACAACUAAAGCAUCAUAUGGAGACCAAAGCAAUUAAUGCACAAAAUACAGAAAGAAUGAAGGAAUUUGAAGCCGACUUAAAACGGAUCGAGACAAUAAAAGCAAUGUAUCAGAAAAAGAACUAUGAGCAGGCUCAGAUGAUUCAGAAGUUUAUAACAGAGAUGCAGAGUCUACAAGAAGAACUUCAAAAUGUGGCAAAGAGUCAGCAUGAAGCAGCAUCCCUCCACAAACAGCAAGAACUCCAGUUGAAGAAGGAGCAUAAGUUAAGUCAAGAGCUGAAGAGUAGGUGUCAGGCUCUUGAGGCAAAGGUAAAAAGUCUGCAAACUUGCAAAGAGAUAACUGAGCAGAAACUGAAGGAAGCUAGUUUGGAGUCGCAACAGGUCAGUGCUAACCUGGAAGGAGCACAUCAAUGGUUUAAGUCCAAGUUUGAUAGUUUGCAAGCAGAACUGAUGAAGAUGCGUGGAAUUGAUCCAUCAAAAGAAGAAUUAUCUGAUGGAGACAAUUUAAUGAAGAACUAUGGCACAGAAGAACUAUGUUCAAGGUCAAGACAAAAAUCAAAGGUUGGAGUCAGGUUUAUAAGUUAUUUUUCCAUAACAAUGUGUUAAGUGUUAGAUGGGAAAAAAGCUAUACUUUGUCCAUAUAAAUUACACUUUCCAACGAUAGGAACAUUAGGGGGUGGUGAUGGUGUAGUGG